AUGAGCAGGCUCUGCCUCUCCGCAGCUCUUCUGGUCAUCCUGGGCACCCUGGUGGCCGGCACCCCAGAGAGUGACGACAGCAACAAGGACAAUGGCCUGCGCCCUGCCUUCUGUCUGCAGCCACCAUACACCGGGCCCUGUAGGGCCAUGUUCACCAGGUACUUCUUCAACGCCGUGUCCGGGCUCUGCCAGACCUUCACUUACGGCGGAUGCAGAAGGAAGCCGAACAACUUCCGGAAUGAGAAGGAGUGUAUCAGCACGUGUGGGGGCCGCAACAGGGCACAGCAUGGGAACGCCGAGUCAGCCACCCUGCCCAGCGGGUCCACCGUGCUCCUGAGCAAACGGCUUUUCUCUUCCUGGCCAUCUUGGUGUCAGACUGGGCCCUACCAGGUGUAG